CCACCACCAUAAGAUUUGAGCAAAUCUUCUAAGUCCCCAUGAAAGACCUUGGGAUUGUGAGGAGAUUUGGAGUGUACUAACUAUUACACUAAGCCCCCUAAGUACUUACCUAUCUACCCAAAUAACUUACCAAUUAACCCCUCACUUGGCUGAAAUUUCGGCUCCAUAGGCCCACCCCCACAAGAUUCCAUAAAACUUUACUUUCCCCAUGUUAUCAAUUAGAGAUUUGGAUGUGAUUAUGUUGGGUACUUCACAAGCAUUCAAUCCAAUGGACAAAAGACUUUGAGUUUAUAAAGAGAUCAUGAUCUUAUCACCACACAAAAACUCAAAACAAUUUCUUUUUCCCACUAAAGAAAGCUACGGCCGAAACCCAUAGCCACCACCAUCAAAAUUUUCGUUUUUGUUCAAGCAUUCCAAGACUCUCACAAGGUGCACCAAGGUGGAUCACGGAGUGUGGAGCUCGCGGUUUGUCAAGAACCUCUCUAGUUUGCCUUUAUCCACUCGUUUUCUCUCGUGUUUCUUCCCUAGCUUUAAAGCUAGUAGUCGUCGCACGGCAGAUUUUCUGGGAGAUACUUUUUAGAGACACACUUCGACCCAUGGAUUCACCAGCUACAGGUGGAUCAGGUACUACUGGACCCCUACCGUUAGUGUCAGACGAUGUUAUGUCUUCGGAGCAUGAGGUGCACACCUCAGACUAUACUAGCACCGACGAUGACGACUUCCAGCCGUUCGCGUUACCUGACGGCGCCGAUGAGCACGCUGAUGACCCCUUGCCCUUCGCUUUACCCGAGGGAGCCUAUGAGCCCAUUGAUGGCGACCCUGCUGAGUACCUCCCUAUUGUUGCGAUUCCGGCACCGAUUCCUCUUGCUUCCUACCCUGCUUAUGAGCUUAUGCCAGACGCCGAUGCCGACGGCGACAUCGAGCUUUACGAGGACGAGCCAUUUGAGGACGAGGAUCCUGACAUAGCUCCUCUACCUGCUGGCGGUCUCUUGAUGAUAGCUGACGUUCCAGCUGGAGACUCGCCCAUUCACUCACCAGUCCCGGACUCUUUAGAGUCUGUGGCAUCUGUACCCUCUCGCGGGGCAAGCGCGCAGCAGUUUAUUCAUGACUCAGACCCUGAUCAGGCGUCUUCAGCUGCCCCUAUUCCGAGCUACGCGUUUGAGCAUGAUGAGAUCGAGGAUUCUGACCCUGUUUUCCCUCCAGGAUUUGAUCCUGACCAUGAUAUCGAGUAUAUUCCUAUGGAUGAGCAUAUAGAGGACCCUGAUGAUCCUAUCGAUCCCAUUGACCCAGAUUUUGACUUUGAUAUGGCGUUCGACGACCCUGAGCCUGCCAUAGCCCCAGAGCAGGCAGCUGCUUUUGAUCCUUUACUUGAGCAUGACCCUGUUCAUGCUGAUUUUCCUCUUGAGCCUGUUGAUGUUGAUCCCCCUGUAGAUGUUCCUGUGAUCGAGGGCGAUCAUGUUGCUGCUGAUCCCAUUGUUCCUUUACCCGUAGGUGACAUACCUGCUGACCCUGUUAUUGAUCCUGUCGAUCCCGUUAUUGCACCUGUUGACCCCAUUCCACCAUUUGUUCCUCCAGCGGGGCCUGGAGAGGGCUCUUCAGCCCAUCCGUUCGGUCAUGUACCGAUGCCUUUACCGUUCACGCCUCAGAUUCCAUCUGACCCAUUCACUACUGCACCUUUUCGUGUGGCUCCCUUUGACCCCACACGAGAGCCACUGCUUUGGGCACCAGGUUCCCCUAUGCCGCCCACUGAUCCAUACCAUAGGUUCCAUGUGGGCCACACCAUUGAGGAUGUAUUGAUGUCGUUUGUAUAUCAGCAUGAGUCGCACGAGCAGCGACUACAGGAGUUGGAGAGAGCCCAUCUGCAGCCAUGUCAGUGCCAUGGCCGGGCACCCUCUCCGUUGCAGCCAUCACGACCUUUACCCCUUGACUACGCUGCCCGUCUUACUACUUUGAAGCAGCGGUUUGCUUCCAUUAUUCGGACACAGCAGGCGAUGGAGGCGGACUGGUUAGAGUUGCGCCGUUUGUUGUAUACCCAUUUUCCCCCUCCUCCUCCACCACCAGCUUAG